UUUUUAGGUAAUGAUUUGGGUCCAGGCAGCUUUGGUCGCCUCCUUCCUGGCGUUCGCCAGUGCUGGAGGAGCCGUUCUCGAGUAUACCGACGGAAACUUCGAUGAUCUCAUCCAAACCCACGACAUUGCUCUUGUCAAGUUCUACGCUCCCUGGUGCGGACACUGCAAGAAAAUUGCCCCAGAGUAUGAGAGAGCUGCCCCAAAACUCGCAUCUAACGAUCCACCAGUCGCUCUCGUCAAGGUCGAUUGUACCACCGAGAAGACUGUUUGUGACAAAUUCGGAGUUAAGGGAUUCCCAACUCUUAAGAUCUUCCGCAAUGGAGUUCCAGCCCAAGACUACGAUGGACCACGUGAUGCCGAUGGUAUCGUUAAGUUCAUGCGCGGACAGUCGGGACCUUCUUCCAAGGAACUUAAGACCGUUGCCGAAUUCGAGAAGUUCACUGGUGGAGAUGAAAAUGUUGUCAUCGGAUUCUUCGAGAGCGAAAGCAAGCUUAAGGAUUCUUAUCUCAAGGUUGCUGAUACCGAACGUGAUCGUUUCUCCUUCGCUCACACUUCCAACAAAGACAUCAUCAAGAAGGCUGGAUACUCUGAUGACGUCGUUGUCUUCGUUCCAAAAAAGCUCCAUAACAAGUUUGACACUAACGAGUUCAAAUAUGAUGGUAACUACGACACCGAUAAGAUUAAGAACUUCUUGGUCCAUGAAACUGUUGGAUUUGCCGGAAUUCGUACUCAAGGAAACUUGUUCCAAUUCGAGCAAAAGCCAAUCGUCAUUGUUUACUACAACGUUGAUUACGUCAAGGAUCCUAAGGGAUCCAACUACUGGCGCAACCGUGUCUUGAAAGUUGCUCAAAACUAUAAGAGAAAAGUUCAAUUCGCCGUUUCCAACAAAGAAGAAUUCUCUUCUGAAAUUGAAACCAAUGGACUAGGAGAGCGCAAGGACUCGGAUAAGCCAAUCGUUGCCAUUCUCACUAAUGAAGGAAAGUAUCCAAUGGACCAAGAAUUCAGCGUUGACAAUCUCCAGCAAUUCGUUGAUGAAGUUCUCGCCGGAAAUGCCGAACCAUACAUGAAGUCUGAGCCAAUCCCAGAUGAACAAGGAGACGUUAAGGUUGCCGUUGGAAAGAACUUCAAGGAACUUAUCAUGGAUGCUGAUAAGGAUGUGCUCAUUGAAUUUUAUGCUCCAUGGUGCGGACAUUGCAAAUCAUUGGCUCCAAAAUACGAGGAACUUGCUGAGAAGCUCAACAAGGAAGAUGUUAUCAUUGCUAAGAUGGAUGCCACCGCCAAUGAUGUUCCACCAAUGUUCGAAGUUAGAGGAUUCCCAACUCUCUUCUGGCUUCCAAAGAACGCUAAGUCGAACCCGAUCCCAUACAAUGGAGGACGCGAAGUUAAGGAUUUCGUCAGCUUCAUCUCAAAGCACUCUACUGAUGGGCUCAAGGGUUUCAGCCGCGACGGAAAGAAGAAGAAGAAGACUGAAUUGUAAUUGGAUAAUUAUAGAGAAUUUUUAUCAAAUCCCUCCCUCGUUGUUUCCCUUUUGUAAUUUAUUUAUUUAUUGUUUGCAGCUUCGACUAGGGUUCCCAAUCGAAGAAUUUUCAACUUGACGGUUGUUUCACGGUUUCUUUCUUGUUUUAUGAUGUAAAAAGGACCGUUUGGUGCCUUCAUUAUGGCGUUUCGUACGCCUUUUUUGCCAAUAAACCUUCUGGUCUCU